AUGCGAUUUCGCGAAUUUUGUGUCCAGCCCGACACUGCAGCGAAAAUUUUAUUAUUGGGACACAGGCCGCCUAUGUGUUGCCGUGACGACGUCGUUCCGAGGGAAAAAUCCAGUUUCCGUUUCGAAAACCCUCCCAAAUUCUUUAAACAGUGUUUGACAAAUUUCCGUAUGUCUAUAUAUGAGACAAUUAGCUGCUGUUCUUUUUCAUAUGGGAAAAUCUCCACGCCUUGCGAAAGGGCGGCGCGAAUCGAAGAACGAUAGCAGCGAGAAAAAGAGGAAGAGGCCUACGAUGGAGGAGGAAGAAAGUAGUGGCGGAGAGGCCGAGAAACAGCGGGGUUUGCGGCUGUCGGAGGUGAUUUCAGACUGCAUAAAGCGGUGGUUCAUUGAUACCCUCAAAGAGGCCAAGGCUGGGGAUAUCAACAUGCAGGUGCUCGUCGGCCAGAUGUAUUACAGUGGUUACGGCGUCCCCAGAGAUGCCCAAAAGGGAAAAAUUUGGAUAACAAAGGCUUCAAGAGUGAGAUCUUCAGUUUGGAAAGUCAGUAAUAAACGCCCAGGUUAUAAUGCAAGUGAUUCGGAUUCCGAUUCAGAUGAACCUGUUGAGAAUUCGUGAUUAGAUUAACUUGGGAUGCUUGACUAUCCAACUUAACGCUAUCCUUCGGAAUUCGCAUGUGAUGUAACAGUAGGGAAAACACACUUGUGAGUUAAGACUUGAAUCUGUUAAAACAUGGCGUGAUGGAUCCUGAGACUUUCAGACGUUUGCAGUUGGUACUUACAUCUCAUAUUAAGCUGGGAAAGAGAUUGAUUAUACUUGGAUGGGAUCUCUUCAGAUUAUUCGCCCUUGCUGAGUUUAGUGUUUUCGAUUUCAAUCACAC